CCGUACGUACCCCUGCGGAACUCUACAGGCGGAACCUUUCUGCGUGUGGCCAAAGCCAGAGGGAGCUAGUUGUGAGUCGCACCGGUGUUAUGUAUGUUUCCGUGUAACAUGUUGGAUAAUAUGUCGUAGUCCGGCGGUGAAUGACGGUGUGGCUCGUCUUCUAAAGUACCAGCAUUUUAAAGACCGUUUUAAAGGUGAGUUUCCCUGCUGACGGAGCCUCAGGUUUGGACCGAUCGGGUACCGGCCAUGCUGCUGCCUCUCCUGGUGCGUCCGCCCCUCUGCUACCCGCGCACCUCUGUGCUGCUAACACAAUGCGUCCGGACGCUGCGGUGCGACGCUGGGAGGAUGCUGCACUCUCAGACCGGACACCUCCUGCGACGGAGGCUUCCUCUGCACGUCCAGAGCCGAGGCAUCAAGAGCCGAAGCAGGAAGACCAGGAGCCAGGAGGAGGACUGGAAGACCAGGAACAAGACGGUGCUGACGUACAUCGCUGCAGCUGGCGUGGGGAUGAUCGGCCUGUCGUACGCUGCAGUGCCGCUCUACAGGCUCUACUGCCAGGCGUCGGGGCUCGGCGGCACGGCGGUGGCCGGCCACGACGCAGAUCAGGUGGAGACGAUGAAGCCGGUGAAGGAGCGCGUCCUCAAGAUCACCUUCAACGCCGACACACACGCCAGCAUGCAGUGGAACUUCAGACCGCAGCAGACCGAGAUCUUUGUGGUUCCAGGUGAGACAGCGCUGGCCUUUUACAGGGCCAAAAACCCCACAGAUAAACCGAUCAUCGGCAUCUCCACCUACAACGUGGUGCCCUUCGAGGCAGGACAGUACUUCAACAAGAUCCAGUGUUUCUGCUUCGAGGAGCAGCAUCUGAACCCUCACGAGGAGGUGGACAUGCCCGUCUUCUUCUACAUCGACCCGGAGUUCGACGAGGACCCCAGGAUGGCCCGGGUGAACACCAUCACCCUGUCCUACACCUUCUUCGAGGCCAAGGAGGGUCAGAAUCUCCCUCUGCCCGGAUACAGUUAUAACUGACGGGUCCACGUCCGCUACACUGACAGGACCGCCUAAAUACUGAACCAGCAACGUGGUUCUGGUUUAGAUCUCGUGUCGCCGAAAGACGUCGAGACUCGAAGCAUCGAGCUGCUGAUCCGAGACUCUGUGUGUGUGUGUGUGUGUGUGUGUGUGUGUGUGUGUGUGUGUGUGUGGUCUGAUGCCUGAGAGAUUGUAAUUAAAUCAGAACAUUUAUAAGUUAAA